UUUAGGAAAAUAGCACAUCUAUUGCAAAAAACUACUUAACAAUGGCCAAGAAAACCUACGAUCUUUUGUUUAAACUGUUGCUAAUCGGCGACUCAGGUGUUGGAAAAACUUGUAUACUGUUCCGAUUCUCUGACGAUGCGUUCACCUCCACAUUUAUAUCGACCAUUGGAAUUGAUUUUAAAAUAAAAACCGUUGAACUCAGGGGCAAAAAAAUCAAAUUGCAAAUAUGGGAUACUGCGGGACAGGAGCGUUUCCAUACAAUCACCACAUCAUAUUAUCGUGGCGCAAUGGGUAUAAUGCUUGUCUAUGAUAUAACAAAUGAAAAGAGUUUCGAGAACAUAGUCAAAUGGCUAAGAAAUAUAGACGAGCAUGCAAAUGAGGACGUGGAAAAAAUGAUAUUGGGCAAUAAAUGCGAUAUGACAGAUAAGCGUGUUGUUAGUAAAGAACGUGGUGAGGCGAUUGCCCGCGAACAUGGCAUCCGCUUCAAGGAAACCUCAGCCAAAUCAAAUAUCAACAUUGAAAAUGCAUUCUGCGAAUUAGCUGAAGCAAUUUUGGAUAAAACCGCCGGACGAGAAUCUGCCGAAAAUCCUGAAAGAGUGGUCAUCGAUCGCAGGAAUAACGAAAAAGCCCCAGCCUAUAAAAGCUGUUGUUCUUAAAAACCCAACAAAC